AUGGUUUCUGCGGAGAAUCAGCCCUUUGAUAUUCAAUGUGGGUCAUCGUCAUCGGCUCUCUGGGAUUCGGAUGAUUCCCAGGAUGACCCGACUUUUGAUCCAAUUGAAGGGGCUCGCUCUAGAAUCUCCACCCUCUCGAUCAAGAGGAAUCCUAAACCCGCCCGUCUUGCAAAGGAAAACGGUGCCCCAGAAGUUAUAUUAGGCCAAGACAGUUGCCAGAUUGGUGAAGAUAUCAUAAAAGCUGGACAAUUGGAAAAGCUCAAAAUUGAGCAAUGUAAGGUCUAUUUGCGGAAACAUGGAUUGAGAUUGACUGGGAACAAAGACACCUUAAUUCGGCGUAUUAGAGAACAUCUUGAUGUUGUCGAUGGUGGGGGUGAGCAGAAAUAUCCGGCUGCUAGUUUUGUGGUGAACUGCAAAGGGGAUGCAUGCACUGGUGAUGUUGUCUUGUUUGAACAAAAUGUAUACGAAAUGUUCAACAUUGCUUCAAGGAGUGCCACUGGUCCCCCUAGCGGCACCAGAUUAGUAGCAGGCAGGAUUAUAAAAGAGAGUUACGGUGCUGAGAAGCAACAACACACUUUUACGAUUGAAGUAUUAUGGAGCAAAGGGGAGAAACCACUACCCCCACUUCAUCAACUUCUAAUUAAGGGCAGAAAUCUUUAUAGGCUAAAUACAAUGAGACAGAAGUGGGAAGAUGAAACAGAAAGGGAAAAAAUGCUGUCAGAAAAGCAUGCCAGAGGUUCUGUUGCCCGUUCAAAGAGAGAAAUCCGCAUGCAAGAGCGGGCAAUGCGAAGUAUGCAGAAGUUAGAUAGAAUACUGAAAGCAGAAGACAGGAAUAAACAAACGGAUGUGAAGAAUACAUUGCAGACCAUAAAGCAGCCAUCUAAGCAACCACCGCUGCAUGAUAUGCUGAGAAAUCCGCUUUCUGGAGAGUUGAGAAGUUGUAAUGAAACUACUUCUGCUAGACAAGAAAUCCUAGUUUCGGCACAGAUGAAGCCCACAUUGGAUGUGCCACUGGAAAGGCAACCUUUAACCGUCAUGAAUCACAAUCAUUCAAAAGAUCCGCCCAAAUUGCCUGUCUCUGAGGUCCAAAGUAAGUUUACAAAACCGGUGAACACCCCAGUUCACUGGACAGGAUCUCAUUAUGGACGAACUAUUUCUGAGGUCCAAAGUAAGAUCACAAAACCGGUGAACAACCCAGUUCAUUGGACAGGAUCUCAUUAUGGAAGGAAUCUGAAACACAAUUCCUUCAGUCGCCCUUAUAAACCUGGCGGUUACAGUAGCAACAGUUUUACCAAUCGUUCAGGUUCUUCAACACAGACGCAUCAAGGUGGAUUUCACAAUCGAGGUCGGCAGAAUCAUAAUGCUCAAGGGAAUCAUCAUAAGUUCCAAGGACAUUCAUCUCAAGGAACAAAGCAGCCAUGCAAGUAUUAUGCUGCAGGAUUAUGUUACUAUGGAGAUAGAUGCAGGGCUCGAAACACAUCCCAGCAUGCAUCAGUUCUGAUUCAAAAACUUAGGCCUGUUUCUUAUGCAAACCAAAUGUUACCUGUUCGUCCUACUUUUGCUGAGGAACUUUUCUUGGCAAGUGGAGCAAAAGAGGACUCUUUCUUUAUCCCGUCUUCUUCUUCUUCCAAGGAUAAAGAAAAGAAAAUGCAUUUCUGUUUUGCUCCCCUAAUCAUUGAAUCCCGGCGGUUUUGGUUUCGGACAUAUUUUUGCAUGGCUGCUGAACCUACAAAUGUCAAUGAAUUUCAAGAACUUGCAAGGCAAGCCCUUCCAAAAAUGUACUAUGAUUAUUACGCCGGAGGAGCUGAGGAUCAGCAUACUCUUAAGGAAAAUGUGGCAGCAUUUAGCAGAAUCAAUAUAAUGCCAAGAGUUCUCGUUGAUGUCAGCAAAAUCGAUAUGUCGACGAGUAUUUUAGGUUACAAAACUCCAACACCUAUUAUGAUAGCCCCAACCGGCCUCCACAAAUUGGCACACCCUCUAGGGGAAGUUGCAACUGCGAAAGCAGCGGCUGAAUGUAACACUAUAAUGGUCUUGUCCUUCUCCUCCUCUUGCCGUAUAGAGGAUGUUGCCUCCAGCUCCAAUGCUAUCCGCUUCUAUCAAGUUUAUGUGUACCGAAGGCGAGACGUAUCUGCUCUUUUGGUAAAAAGGGCAGAAAGAAAUGGAUUCAAGGCAAUAAUCCUUACUGCUGAUACCCCUCGAUUAGGCCGAAGAGAAGCAGACAUCAAGAACAAGAUGAUUUCGCCUCCACUGCAAAAUCUUGAGGGGCUUAUUUCAACUGAUGUUGAGUCUGAAAAUGGUUCAAAUCUUCAAGCCUAUGCAUCGGCAACUUUAGAUGAUACCCUCAGUUGGAAGGAUAUAGCAUGGUUGAAGUCUAUCACAAGGUUACCAAUUCUCAUUAAGGGUAUACUUUCUACUGAUGAUGCAAUCAAAGCCUUAGAAGUCGGCGUUGAUGGAAUAAUAGUCUCUAAUCACGGAGCUCGUCAGCUGGACUAUUCUCCAGCAACCAUUACGGUCCUAGAAGAGGUUGUUCAUGCUGUUCAAGGGAAAAUCCCCGUCCUGCUUGAUGGAGGCGUGAGGCGCGGAACAGACAUAUUCAAGGCCUUAGCCCUCGGCGCAAAAGCUGUUAUGAUUGGGAGGCCAGUUGUGUUUGGUUUGGCUGCAAAAGGUGAAUCUGGGGUGAAAAAAGUAAUUAGCAUGCUUAAAGAAGAGCUUGAGAUCACCAUGGCGCUUGCCGGCUGCUGCAGACUGGAAGACAUCACUAGAGGCCAUGUGAGGACACAAACUGAUAGAUUGAGAUGCAAAAUCUAG